AUGGUUCACACAUGUCCAACCAAUGCAUCGAAGAGGCCUGCUCAGGUGGUUCUAGAUGCCAAGCAGAAGAGGUGCACUACAGCUCAGCUCAAAGAGGAUAAGGCGCGCGCAGAGAAGGAACGAGACGAACAAGAUGAGAAGACAAGACAAGCCAUUACUCAAGUGGCUGCUGCUCAGAAGAAAGCUGCCAUCCAGCAGAAGAACACAGUCUCAACAAAGAAGCCACGACCGUGCCUAGUUGGGAAAGGUGCUACGACAACAGCAUCUUCCUCUCACGCUCAGGCUGUUGCAGAUGAUGAUGAUGAUAAAGAUAAUGACUCUCAAGUUCUUGGACGGAGAAAACGUAUCCAGAGGACUGAUCACCGCGAUGCUGUUAAUGCAGUCCGAAUUGCCAUGCAGCCAUCCCAUCCACGUGCAUCAGACGCCACUGGGAAUGGAAACAAGCUGACCGACAUCAAAAAAAUAGCUGUGGUUUCAGGUUGGGCUCAACGAGUCAAUACGAAGCUCGAGUCUGGAUUCAAGGUGCCAUUGCACUUAGAAAGUGCCUCUUCUCUUUCUCAUCCGACAGGAUCUGCACUCUCUCGAGUCACUCAUGCAACAACCAAUGCAACCACUACUGCUACAGCUCCUCCUGCAACACCUGAGGGCUCCAUGUUUAACGAUGAUGUUGAAGCUGAAGAGCGCACACCAGAUGAAGCUGAUGGACCCGAGCGCUUGGUGGCGUAUACCCUUGCAAACAUGGGUAAAACGAUGCGCAAUCAGAAAUUGAUGGACGUGAUUGAAGUCCAAGAUAUUCCCCAACCUCUAACACCACCAGUUCCUUCGCAAUUAAGACUCCUUCAAUAUGGAUCGGGUAACACCCGUCCCCAUAUUACCCGAUCUGAACCAAAGGACAUCGCCGUGGACUUGGAGGGCCAGGAAGAUGCUAUUGUAUUUGUAGACAAUGAUGAUGAUGAUUCUGGUGUCGAACACCAUGGUGCUAGCGCUGCCAUGAGGAACAUGGGUGGGAAUAAGCGAGUCACAGCAUCAGCCAGCGUGGAAAUCGUGGAUAAUGCUCCUCCGUCCAAGCGUAUCAAACGAGAGGCAGAAAGUGAGGUGGCAGUUGGAGAGCCCUCAAAGGCAAAAUACAAGAACAGUGACCUUCCUCCUGGUUGCUUGGACAGAAAUUUAUGGCGCGGAGUUUUCAUCCCUACAGUAGCACAUGCAGCAGGUGGCGAGAAUGUCCACCCUUGGUUGAUCGAGGAUGACACACUCAUCCUGAUUCUGACAAAGAUGUGGAACAUCGUUUAUGCAGACAAUCCAUCACUGAAGAACUACAAGAUCGUCCUUGGUGGUGCCGUCUAUCAUGUGGCUAAACAAUGCCUCAGUGAAUGGCGUGGAGGGUUUGGAUCUGCUGCUGUCAUGAUCAUUACAAGUCUCAUGGCUUCUGAUUCUACUUAUGAAACUGACCAAGAGCACAUCGACUUUGCCAAGUUCUGGCUUGAAGAUAACCGUUUCCUUUUCUCAGACAUUAGUUCUGAUGAUCCAGAGGCAUGGACGGGGAUGUGGCAGUCUACAUUUGUGUUGCAGACGUUUGCUGCACAUCUCAACUAUACCCAAGGCCGGGUGGAAGUUCCAGCACUCAACAGUGAAAACGACAUUAUGCGGGCAUCACUUGCUUUGGCGGCAGGGGCGGUAAAACGCGCUCUGUACCUCCUUUCGGUAGGAGCAAUGAGUUUCACUAUCACGACGGCUACUGGGAAGGGAAAGAAGAAGGCUACUACUAUAUGCAAGGGUAAGGCAUUGGCUGUCAAUGGAGACAUCUGGGAAGCUGUUAUUGGGGAGAAUGAGAGCUUUUCUGAGCCGCUUUGGGGUUACGAUACGUGCAUGCUCUUGCAAGCGAUUAAGAACGUUCCCUCUACAGCCAUGCAGGGCAUUGUUCAGCAAGCACAGCAAUACAUGAAAGCUUCCUCUCGUGGAGGACGGUCCAAGGGAGCUGACGAGCCUGAGGAAGAGAUUGAUGAGGAAUAUGUCAAUUUACUUGCCUUCCGCUAA